AUGGAGAGCGGCGAACCGAGCGCAUCCUCGCUGCUGUCACCCGUGUCAGGUACAGCGGCAAGCGCCGGAAGUUAUGCAACACGCCAGCCACCGCCCGCUUCGGCGAGCACCAACACGGUUGCGGGCCAACCUGUUGCGGUCACAGCGGCAGUAAGCAACAAUACUCCUAAUGGUCCGGCGGGUCCGGGCCAGCAAAGUUCACUGUCACCGCGGCGCCGGGCUCGGUUGCAGCGCUCGGAACGGCUUCAAUCCGACCACUCCCAACCAUCGCCAUCGUACUCGUCCUGGGAGGCGCUGAUACGGGACAGCUUCGGUCAGAUCGUUUGGCCCAUCCGUAUCACCAGCUGGGAGAUGGUACAGACCGACCGAACGGGUGGCGGUGGUGGUGCAAGUGGCGGUGGUAGCGGGUUUAUGGCUGGGGGUCGUAAUGCUUCCUACCAUGCGACCGACUACGUUGCAGCCAGUACCUCGGCCACAGAGCUCAUAUCGAGGCGAGGCGUCUUCUCCCGGCGCCAUUACGGAUCAGUGGACCAGCUACCGCAGUCAGAGAUUGAUGGAUUGGAUCCGAACUGUCGCCGGUUUCGGCUGGAAAAUGGCGAAUCAUUAGCAGAGAAGGACGAGGUUUUUGGAUCCCCGAGCAUUCCCAUACUGGAGAACCCGGAACAUCAAACACGGUGGUACUUCAAGUAUUUUUUGGGAAAACUACAUCAAAACUAUGUUGGUAUCGAUUCCGAAAAGAAUCCUUACUUUCUUUCGAUCGUUUCGCAGGAUUCUGGCAGCAAGUGUAUGCCGCUUUACCGUGUUAUGCUGUUCCGGAAACAGGGUGCACAGAAACUUGCUCUACCGUACAACCCGCAGCAGAAGCUGACGGUGAAGCAGAUACUAUCCAACUUCACGCUGAUGGACUCGAACAAAUCGCCAAAGGAAAUCUUUUCCGCCGACAUCCAGAAGGAUCUGCUGCUGCUCGAGGAACAGGAGGGCUCGGUGAACUUUAAGUUCGGCGUGGUCUACAUGAAGGCGGGCCAAAAGUUAGACGAUGAAAUGCUGAGCAAUGAAACCGGAAGUCCGGAGUUUGACGAUUUUCUUACACUGUUGGGUGAAAAGAUACGGUUAAAGGACUGGGAGCGGUACCGUGGUGGGCUCGAUGUGAAAGGUGACAUGACGGGAAAGUACUCCAUCUACACGCUCUACGAAGGACACGAGAUAAUGUUCCACGUAUCGACGCUACUACCAUUUAGCCGAGACAAUCGACAGCAGGUUGAACGGAAACGGCACAUCGGUAACGAUAUCGUCAACAUCAUUUUCAUCGACGAAGCGUCCUCUGGCGAAGAGACGGAGUUCAUACCGAACAACGUAAAGAGUCAAUUUACGCAUGUGUUUGCCGUCGUGACGAAGCGUGGAACACGCUACCGGUUAGCUGUCUACUGCGAUGAAACGGUUCCACCCUUUGGCCCUACGCUGCCCAAUCCGCCCGAGUUUGAGGAUCCGGCCGUCUUCCGGGACUUUCUGCUGGUGAAGCUGAUCAACGGCGAGAAGGCCACCUUCCAAACGCCGACCUUUGCAAGGAAGCGUGAACGGACGCUGGAAAUGUUGAUAAAGGAUCUGUACGAGGAGUAUGUGCACGACAAUAAAAUGAAUAUGCUCAAUAGACGAGCAUUCUCGGAGGUUCUUUACGAUGCACCGCGCACCUCGAAGCUGAAGGAAGACGCUCGCCAGGUGGAGUUUGUACGCAUCGGCCAGGCGCUGAAGCUGGAGGCCAUCGUGCGGGGUGAUGCGCCCACCAGCAUCGCAUCGGCCGGCACAGUCUUCAAGCGUCCACCCUGGGAACCGCACUGUUUCUAUCCAACGUUCCAGCCGCGUAACGAACUGGUCGGGGACAGCUGGGGCCAGGAUCAGCUGUUUCUCGCCUCGGACGAAGGUACAUAUCUCAUCAAGGAGGACCAAACGCACCGGGUCGUGUUCGACAAGACGCUCUGCGUGAAGCAGCUGAACGUGGUGGAAGAUCACGGCAUCAUGCUGGUGCGGGGUGGAUCCGCCCUCCAGAAGGAUGGCCACCGGAUACACGUGUUUCGGCUGAACGAGUUCUCGGACGAUCGGUUGGUGCAGCGCUCGCGCAUAGACGUGAAGGAGCGAAGGAUCGAGAAAACGCGCGGUUGCCACCUGUACGCGAUAUCGCGUGCAGGUGAGGCCCAUCUGCGGAUGGCGGUAGCGGUCGGGCGCAAGCUGUUGAUCUACCAGUGGAAGCACACGGCGGCCUGGACGUCCUGGUGCCCAAACAGUGACAAUGACACGGUGGAAGGGUUUCUCUUCCUGAAGGAGAUUCAUCUGCACGAUUCACCGACGAUCAUGACGAUCUUGGAGGGAUCCUGUCCGAAUGCGGGUCUGCUCAUCUGUGUCGGGUAUCGCCAUCACUUUGAGAUAGUGUCCGAGCUGACGGGGCAUGGGACGAAGCUACACGAAACGGAUACGUUGAAGCGCACCCAAACCCAUCUGGUGGCCGCUCUCGAUCUGUACGAUGGUCAAGACACUGAGCUGCUGCUGUGUUACAAUCAUACCUGUCACUUUCAGAAACUUUCGGAGGAGUGUAACAACAGCACGGAGUUUGACUUCCAAUUCAACACGCCACCGUCAUCGGUUGUGUGCGCCUUCCCGUACAUCAUCGCGUUCACACCGGACACGAUGGAGAUCCGGCUGCUGGUGAACGGGAAUCUGGUGCACACGGUCACGAUGGCCGAGCUGCAGCUGAUCACAUCCAAGAAGGACAUCUUCUUCGUAACGACCGCUCCCGAGUUCAUUCCCAAAGGUGCCAAACUGCGUGGUCUCGAUGCGGAAGAUCACGAACAGAUGAACAAACCCAGGAUCGAGGAGAGUCGCGUCGUGCCGGAGGAUGACUCAUCGACGAGCCCGGGCCGCAGCAGAUUGAGUUCGGACGAGGAGAACUCUGCCGGUGCUCCCGCACCGACCCUCGAGCCGGACCAAUCCGAACCGAGCAAGGAUGCGGGCGGUGGUGGACUUACCACACCCCAGAUUCAGCGCGCCAAGUCCCUACAAAACCCCAAACCCGACUCGGAAGGUGGCAAGCCGAAAGAGGUCACCCUUUCGGUGGACGAUCUGAAGCGACCAAUAUCCAAGAGCAACUCGUACGGUGAAGCCGGUACGUCGUUUUCCAUACCGACGACAACCUGCAGCAAAGAUCUGGCGAAACAUUUCGGUGCCCAACCGCUGCCAAACACGAAGGACCUUUGUCGGCACUUCGGCGAAGCGUCCGUGCCGCCCAACUCGCCACGGAACAGCACGAUCGUGAAGGGUACGUCGCCCAGCUCGCCGACGCGCAAAUCCUUCAUCCGGCAGCCCACGCUGAACCUGGGCAAAUCGCAAACGAACGAAGGCGAAACGUCACCGUCGAACGGAUCCUCCAGCAGCAAACCGUUGCGCAUCUACCGUAUACCGCUAACGAAUCUGACCGGAACGCACGUCCAGUCGCACCAUUACCACUACCCAAGCAAUGAUCCUGCCAAAAAGCCGACCGCCAUCGCUACCAAGAUGCAUCCGAGUGCGGCCAUCGCGGCGGCGGUUGUGACACGGCCGAGUGAAGGUGCUCAGGAGCGGGUCCGCCAGCUGCAGUCCUCCAACGAGGAGGACGAGGAAGGCAUAUCACCGUCGGACGAAUCGCACGGUGAGAAUGCGGAGGCGGCCGAGGUGAGCGUGCCACCGACGCUCAGCAUCUUCGACCAGAUCCAGCAGGAUCUGCAGGAGCUCAGCAUGAAGGAUAAGCACGAGCAGGAUGAGCUGUGCAGUUCGGUCCUAACGCCACUGUAA